AUGAGCUCUUCGGAUGACUGGAUUUCCGCUCUGAUUGAACGCUGCCUUACGCUCUACCUGAAUGAGACCGAAGACUCCGAGCUGCAGGUGGAAGAUGAUGGGAGUAACCUUCGCUUUACAGAUUGCGGCAUGGGGCUGGCUGUGGUCGACGGAUUGAAUUUAGGAGAUCGAGCCCCAGUUACCGAUUUAACCGACCGGCGAGCCCAAAUCCAAGCGAUCCUUACGAGAAAGUCAAUAGAUGAAUACGAUGGCCGGGAUUUGAGCCAGUGGUCCCCUAAAGGCUACAUCAUGCAGCUGGUGGAUUUCGAGGUUGUCUUCGAAUACUCCACCUCCGACCCCCAGAUUCAUUUCUAUGUCAAGCGUUUCAAUAUUGAUUGGGAACGUGGAAAGCUCAAAGGCUAUGGGAAAGGCAAAAAAAUAACGAACAUCGGGAAUACAUAUAAACUUAUGCGAGAAGUAUUCAAGAAAACCAGAGAAUCUCAGGAAUUGCAAGGUACAGCUAGCCUAGAAGGUGGGUAUCAGUCUGAUGGUUCUAUAAAAUCCCAAAAUGAGGGGAAACCCCGUCUACAACCAUCUCAAUUGAGCCUUCCUGACAGUGGAGUGUCUCAAGAAGUGUUUGCUUCUCAAGCACCACGUACCCAUAACCACACUACGCCGCAUUACAUUCCUACCGAUCAUAAUGAUACUUCGAGAUUUUCAGGACAUCUUCUGGGGCUCCUCGGGUCCAAAUCUAUAGCGCCAUCUAAUGACGUUACAACAAAUAAUGCGCAUCAAAAGGACGCCGCCACAGCUCCUGUGGUAGCCGACACGGUCGAAAUAGAACCCAUGCCUCACAAUAGUCAGCAUGUUUCUAGAAAAAACGAUGGCGAAGCAUCUGGGUCUGUCCCUGUACCAAGUCUACCUCCUCAGCCUAUUCCUAGCAUUGAAUCACCGGGUUUAAGGGUCGAUCCUAGUCCAGAUGUACCCAUGAAUACGGAUACUAGACUAGCUGGGUCAGAGAAUGGUCAAAGGCUAUCAAUAACACAAGUCGAAAAGCCAAAUCACAAAAGCAUAGAAAAUGGAGGAAUGGACCCGCCAGCCUUGCCUUCUCCCAAACCCAGAGACGCGGUUGUCUAUUCUGACCCCUGGGCUGGUCUGACAAAGAUCCGAAAAGGCGACAUCAAGAUACCCAGGAAUCAGGUUGAACUACUAGAAGAUAAACGUCAAUGGGUCCCCCCUGCAACAGGAGAAAGUAUGCCUCAGGGGCAUGUGCCGCCUACACUAUUAAAGGAAUGGAAUACGAUUGCGUUGCAGAAGCGCCGCUUUGCCGAGAGGAAUGUACAGGAAAGUCCGAGGCCAGAGUAUCAGGAGCGCCAUAAAACAUCACCCAAUUUUUCCAGCUCUGCACCCCAAGCAGAUUUAUCCUUGGGUGAGGAGGAUGGGGAGGGUGAGGAUGAGAGCAAGAGCGGGGAGGAUGAAUAUCCAUGGUCUCGAAGUCCCUCGGAACAUCUCUCUCGGCCUCGUCAUGAUCUACCAGCAGACAGCAGUCCCGUCAGACCGAGAGCCAACAGGCUAGACUCACUUACCACAAAACAUGACAAGAUCCAAGAACCCCAAGUUCCAGAUGACACCAAUGCGCAGGUAGCUGGGGACGAUACCAGGGAUUUGCGUUCAGCAUCUAAAGCAUCCAACCAUCUUGAAGAAUUUACUGGAGAUUCUGCUCAUCAGGACCCUAAGCAGGAAAAUGGGCAAAGCCGUGAGCAGAUCUUGGAGCAGAAUCACGGUCAACCCCACGAGCAGAGCCCUAAGAAGAGCUUUGAGAAGAGCCCUGAGCAGAACGAGCCGAGUCAUGAAGUGAAAAAGAAUAUUGCUUCUCAGCCGGACACUAGGGCUCGCACCCAAGAACCUGUGGAAGAAUCCGGCGAUGAGAGUGAUGAAAGCGAUGAAAACAUGGACACAUCUGUUCCUUGUCCUCUUGGGGCUAGCUCGCAACAAGCAAGCCAGCCCGAGGCAGAGAUUACUAGCUCAGAUCCGUCGCUUCCAAUAUUAAACGCACAUGAGCGCGUCCAAGUGGUAGAAACACCUGCUGCCGAGCUCAAUCGCCUACGCCCCGAGAGAUUGAACAAAGAAGUCACAGGUCUUGGGCAUAGUUUUCAGCCGCAAUCUUCUUCUGAGGCUGCCAAAUCGUCAUCACAAUCACGCAUUUUCAAUACAUAUGCUAGCCAUGGUAGCGACCCCAAGGGCGGGCUUUCUCAAGAAAUAUCGAAUCAUUCUCUGGAAAAUGAGGAUCAAGAAUCCGUUGCAGUUGAUAUAAUGGGAACGCAAAUGAGUGGUGGCAAUUGGACAAUGGAAAACACCUCGCCUAACUCACAUUUUGCUUUCGUCCUGGACUCGUCCGAGCCCAAGGACCGGGAGUCGAGUGUACCCAUAGGAGCUACUGCGCCCCAUACUGAAGGGGUUUCUGAUCCGUUCUCCUCAUGCCGUGACUUGCUUUCUACCCAGUCAGAUGCGGAAGGAAAUCUUAUCGGCUCACCCCAAAACACACCAAGUAGGUAUAGCACGAAUGAGCCUCUCAUGUCUAAUUUGAAACGCGGUGCAUCUGAGGUGGACAAUGAAGCCCCGUCCCCGUCAAAGCGACUAAGAAAGACCAAAGACCCAGUGUCCAAUAUCAUAUCUCGUCGACAGAGCUACAUUAGCAGCGCUGCCAAAUAUGCAAAAGCGCAAAGGGUGUAUGAAAAGUUUCAAAGUGACUAUAGCGACUAUACAGGAGACUUUGAUCACUUUACUAAAUUGUGCUUUGAUUUGCAAUGCCUUAGAAGUAAGGGGGGGUUACAACGGUCUUUCCUAUGGGACGAUUUCAUCAUUAUGCACAAGGAGGAUUAUCCACGCUACCUGAAGCAGUGCCAUGCUACGAAUUCCAAAUCUGUGGCAUAUGAGCAAUAUUUCACAUCCCGCGUCUCCAAACCAUCUCACAAGAAGAGAAGUCUGACUAUCAGUGGGAUUGAUGUAUCUGCAGCGCAGUAUCGUUCCACGAGUAUGCUGAGAACCGCCAGUCCAUCAGUGGGACAUGAAGAGAAAAACCUUUCGUUUACCACCAGUCUCGUGAAUCAGCUUUCCAACUUUCAUGCGCAUUCUCUUGGACCUGCAACUCAGAGUGACCAUCCAGACACUCCUGAUCGUACACCAGUGCCUAUCUCAUCGCCACUUCGCCGUGAAUUAGACCAACACACACCAAGUCCUGCACAACAGCCUGAGAUUAAUGGUCCAGAGAUCCAGGCCACUCCUGAACCACAUCCCGAAGACACAGACGAGGAACUCGAGACGAACAACAAGGAUGAAGAAGAACAAGAAGAACCAGAAAUCCAGGCCACACCCGAGCCACCAGGUUCCGAAGAAACCACCCACAAGGACAUCAACCCCGACCUGAUCGAAACACAAACACAAACACAACCCAACAACGAAGACGAAGACGAACAAAUGGAAGACGCCCACUCCACCGCCAGCAUCGAGCUAGGAGACGACAACGAACACCCCCCAACCGCACCCCCAGCACCCCUCCCAGGCGUCGAAUCCGAACCCCCCAGCGAACCAGAAAGCGACAACGAGAACUGGUUCGACUCCCUCCGCCAUCUCCGUCCCACAGGCCCACUCUGGUGCGACGACCCCAACACACCCUUCAAGUCGUGGGCCAGGGCAACCUUCAACGUCCUUUCCGAGCGCAAUCGUCGUGGGUGGGCAUUCCCUUUUGACAACAAGGGUGUAAUACAACGGCCGUACGGGGACGGUGAUAAAUCAACACAGCACCAAUAA